ACGAAGCUCCGGAGGCUCAGUAUUCGCGGGACCACCACCCCGUCGAAGCGUUCUCUCGCCAACCGGGAUAUAUACACACAUACACAGUGCUCUUCACGGUGCUCCUCGCGGUGCAGCUCCACUACGUUCGAUUUCUUCGUCUGUCGGGCUCCAAUGUACCGUGCGUCGUGAGAAAGAGCCUUCUCACCUGUGACCGGCGUUUUCCUCGCGAAACGACGCGCCGUUUCUUCACGGAAGCUCGUCGAACGCAAAACCAUCAGAAUGAUCACGGCGUUGCCAGUGCCCUCGGUGAAGGUCUUCCACAAAACUUACUAUCAGGAAAAAGGAUCCAGGAUAGGGAACAGUCAACCUGGAAGUCCUUUGGCCGAGAAUGAAGCAGUGCUAGCGCUAGUUGACAAAGAACCUCCGGAAUAUUACUUUUGUGGCAAGGUCAAUUCUUUACACGUGGUAGUUGGAUCAUUGCUGUUGGGCGCAGUGGUGUUGGUGGUCGGUCUGGUACAACUUGCACCUGGUGCAGAAGCUGCACAAAACUCCACCGCCCUUAUCGUCGUUGGAUGCAGUUUGCUAGUGAUUGGCGUGUUCCUCGCGCCUCUCAGAGCUUUGUGCAUCAAGAAACAAAAGGCUGGUCAGAAGGAAGGAACACAUCAAAGAAGUGUUACUAGCAUAGACAUGCUUUUGGCCCAACACAGAGACUUCACAGUGCUGACGCCUGAUGAAUUGGAAGAUCUCGUCGGCCGACCAACCUCCGCUCUGGAGAAUAAAAUCCGCAAACAGGGACACAAUACCUAGGUAUUGUCGGCCUCGAAGAAGGCCCAUUCAUCGUCACCAUCGUGCUCGAACACGCCAUCGUCAUCGACGUCGCCAGGAACUAGCUCAUCCAUUCUCUACACGCAUCGUUACGACUCUCGAGAACAUAGUCUGGUUUAAGGAAGAAUAAAAAAGAAAAAGCAGAAAAAUCGAAAAAGGCGAGGAAAAAGGAAACUGGCGUACGGUCAGCUUGACUUUUUAGAUAAAAUCAAUUUUCGACUAGUGUGCACGUACCAAGGGCUGUUUCUUUCUACGAAGGUUGCACGUCUUGCCUUUAGCUUGAUGCAAACGGUAUCCUUAAGGCGAUCGAGCGAAACAUCAUGAGUAUUAUGAACGAUUAUGUUGCUUUCGUUUGAUAAGCACACGCGAUAGAAUCGCCUACAAACACAUAGUACAUUCUUUACGAUUGAUUAACCGUUGUUGUUGCUUCGUGGACUCGGGUCCAAUUGUUCCGAACAUGAAUAAAAGAUCAUGCAGCAGAAACUCGACAUGUGAAUCGAAGAAAAGUCGACGAUACCAACAAGAAAGAUAUUAACCGAAGACGCUGAAAUCUUGACUACGAAAAGGGCAUAACGUGAUGACGAUGAAGGUGAUCGAUUGGGCUAACGAUCCCUUCUAACCGUGAACAUUUUCUUCGUAAAUCGAUUGGACGAAUCAGAGUGUUUGAAAGGAGAAGUUCUAGAACGAAUGGCAUUCAAUUCGCAUAAAAUGAUACAAAAGAUAAAGCAAAAAGGGACCUAAUUACCGGCUGCCUUCCUUUCAUCGUCGUCCAAAACUCUCUCGGUUCACUGUAGGAUCUUAUUUCCUUAAGCACGUGCGGACUUUACUAUCGUUUCAGAGCAACAGCACACUUGUUUCGAACGAUCCUGUGUACGAAUGUUUUGACUAGAGUAAUCGUGUAAUGUAUUUCAAGUAUAGUUAAUCCCGUGAUCGUUCGUUGGCUCGCAAAAGCGUCGAGAAUUGCGAAAACAGACCCGAUGCACGCGAAUUACGUUUCAGCUGAGUCUUUGCACCACUUGUCGUUUGAUAAGGGUAAGAGUAGAGUUUCAACAUGACGAAAUCGACUCGUACGCGCGAAUCUCAAGAGGAUCUGCCUUUUGGUUAUACUCGUUGAAGACUGUACCAAUGACGAAACUAGUCUUUCCUCGAACGAACACAGCAGAAUACAUUCGUCGUCGAGGAGUCUAGCUUAUUUGUUCGUGUAGAAAUCUUCGAAGAAUCUUCGGCAAAGGAAUGAUCGGAGAAGAUUUGUGUAAAUGGCUGAUCGAAUUGUCAUCAGGAACAUCCGAGGGCUGCUCCACGGCUAACGAUCACUAAAAGUUUUCGAUUAUUCGGAACAUCGUUUACCACAAGAGACCAAAAAAGCAAUUUCGUUCGAGACUUCAUUGUGUUCAAAUCGCCAAGAUACAAGUCUGACUCUCAAGUACGUUAACCGUUUGAACCUUAUUAGAAAAAAAACAUUUGAAUAAAAAUAUAGAACGAUCGGUCGAAGUGCCGCGGACAAAAAAAAAGAGAAACCAUAUAUAUGGUAAAGUUUUUUGUAUAAAAAUUUAGAUUAAUUAUAGCACUUGAUUACUUCAUUGCAACUGAUCACUUCACGAAAUGAAAGGAUGGGACGAAGAGAAAGGAACAACAAGAGGGUAAAAGAAGAACGAAACGCGAAGGAAAAGAGCAGUAAAUAAGUUUCAUGCAUUUGAUGACGCGUGAUGUUUAGAAUUUAGCGAUUUGGAAACGAUCAAGCGAGCCAAGUAAGUAGCUUGGAGCGGCCUUGUUACAGUCAACAGACACCCUGCAGAUACUCGGAAAAUAUUUUUAGUCGGGACCUGGUGCCCGUCCACUUGCCAGUAAUACGUUUAAGUGAAUAAACUUUCACACUAUAAGUAUCUAUCACCGCAUGAUGUAUUUGCACAUAUCUUCGACUAUUAAGUAGUAGCUGUAAAAAGAUUUGGAAGAAUUUGGGUAAACGGAGAGGAAUAUGUAUUUGUACGCACGAAACAGCGUGACGAGAGUCGAUAUCUCAAAGGAAGAACUUCUUAACUGAUAAAAAUGUCAUAUCUAAUUAAGCGAUUUAUUCUCGAAACAAGGAUUAACUUGCGAACGAACUAGAAAUUAUUUCAUUCAACCAUUAUGUAGAUAAUAACGAUAUCAUACCUAGAAUUAAUUUGCAUAGUUUCUUUAAACAUCCAUCUGCUCCUCUUAAGCCACACAAAACUAUAUAGCCGUACAUAUGUAUACCGCGUAAACGGAGAACGACAGUUACUUUCAGAUAUCGAGUUCCUGCUAAAUUAUCGCUAAAAUGUCUUGUCGAUACUGUUUAUGUUCGAUGAGAUACGUUUCGAACAAGAAAAACGAUAAUUAAGGCGAGAAAACGAGUAACGAGAACGAAAAUGAAAAGAUCUACGAUCUCGUAGAUAUUUGAAUAGUUUAAAAUAACGAAAAAAGAAAAUGAUUACUGAGCCGACCUCAUUCGAGAUACUUUGCGAACGUUCUAAUAAGCUGGUGAAUUUUACGAGCGGCGAUAUAUUUCAUAAAAUAUUUUUAUGGUCGACAAAUACCAUGAGAGAGUUUAAGGAACGAAGCGAGAGGGAAGGUUCGCGAUAUACAUACAUAUACAUAUGUAUUACGUAUACACGUGUCUUUUAAAUUAGUAAUUCAUUUCGCGGACAUUUGUGUACAGAUAUACAUAUAUGAUAAUUAUGUACUGUACUUAAAUCAUAUCAGGAUUGUUAGGUGUUUCAUUCGGACACCGUUUCGUUGAUUCUCGCGGCGCAAGUUUCUAUGGUUUCGAGCAUCGUUCUCCAGAGAAAUUCUCCUCGCGGUUCUCCAAGAACGGUUUCACGAGUAUUUUCAAGAAUUUUCAUCGUGCAACAAUAUGAAUGUCGUAUCAUAAUAAUCGUGGCAUGAUAGAAACGAAUGUAACGCGGUUCGUCUACUCGACACCCGUUAUAUGAGAUCGUGGAACACGGUAAUAUAUUAUUCCGUUCCAUGAAAUAACUAUAAAGAAAUUCGUGGUUUUCAUCGAUCGUCGAAAGACAAUUCGAAGGAAAUUCGAUCAUAAAUUGAAUAUGUCGUAGCCGAACAAUGAGGCCGCGAAUGCUGAAACAUACCGGAAAACGAAUAUUAAUAAAUUAUGUGCUUCAUAUUACGAAACAUAAAUCGAUGUUUAGGCUUAGUCCAUAGGCGUUAAGGCUGCUCGUUCGUUUGUUAAAGAAAUGGUGGAGUGAACGAGACUCUCGAAGAGCGAUUAAAAAUAUUGUCGAAUUGAGGAAUAAUUGCUCGAGAAAAAACGAUCGUAUCGAUCCCAGGAAGGCUGUUAGAAUCAUAUUACAUUUUCUAUUUCAUGCGUAUAAUUAUAAAUGAUAAUUCACAUUCGAGGAUUCGAUUCUCUAUACACGCCCAGACUAUCGUAGACGAUCGUUUCCUAAUAAAUAACUAAGAAAUGUUAGAUUCAUAAAAUUUUUACAAAUUUUAGUGCGAUUUAAUAUUAGAAUACGCAUUAAUAAUAAUCUUCCGAUAUCGAUCAAUUCAAUGGAAUAAUACUAUUACGAUACAAAAUUAAGAAGCUAUACAUAAUAAUUUCAGAUAGGUAAUAUCAAAAAGUACUUUAUAUAUACAUAUAUGUAAAAAAGAUCGUAUAUUAGCGUUAAAUUUUAGAAACCUUUACUGGACAAACAGAUUUCUGUUUAAAUCCUGUUUUUUUACACACUCUCUAUAUAGGUAUGCAUUUGUAUAAAUAUCCGCAGUCUAAUUAUAACAGUUCUAAACAGCUUAAAAUCCAAUGUAUUCGAUAAAUUUCAAUUAUAAAAGUAAUCUAUAUGUGGCGGUCAUGAGAUUCAUAAUGGCGUAAAUCAAGAUUUCGGAAAUCUACAUUUAAUAUACAAGCAUCUCUUAAAAGUAUCGUUUCUUUAGUUUCCUAAUUAACGAAGUUAUAACUUUGUUCUCUCUUGCAAUACAAUUUCACGACACGAAGAAAUAUAAAUUUGUUAUUUUAGUAAAACAAUGGAUCGACUUACACCAUUAUGAUUCGCAUUCAGCUCUCCGUGCGAUUCAAGCGAAUAAAUGUCAUAUCCAUAGUAUAUGGUCUCCUUUAAGAAUAAUUGUUUAAUAUUUUAUUCGUGUAAUGCCGAUCGAUAACUACCAUUUUCUGGGCGUACAGAAUGAAUCCAAGCACGCGAACAUUGCGAAAAAUCUAUCGUUCGAAAUUUUUACCGAUUUUCUCAUUGAUGGCUAACGAUAACGAUGCGUAUGGUGUUGUGAAUUGCUGCAGCAAGAAAGAAAGACAAAAUCACGCUUAACAGCGUAAUGAACGUUUAAAUAUCGUUACGUCAUCUUUCAUUGAGAAUGGAAAUGAAUGGAAUAGCUUAAUUGAUCAGCAUUUGUUUACGUGAAAAUGUCAUUAAAUUAUUACGGUCGAUCUCGUUUUCAAUCGUCGCUAGUAAUCGUAAACAUAAUGACGUAAGAUUAAACGAUAACACUACGUAACUAACGUAAGUUACUAUAAGUAAGGAAACAUAGAACGUGGAUAGACGAGGUAGCAUUCAUUUCGAGUAAUUCUCGAGCAACAAAUUCGCGCCUGCAAAUCUUUUCCUUUCGUUCACGGACAAUGGUCGUGGUUUCGGAACCAUAUCUUUUUUGGUCCUCGAUUAAGGAAACGAACGCUGAACAAGUUACGUCAAUGCUCUGUCGCAACACCUUAACAAAAAAUUCAACAGCAACGUCCUCAUUAAUGUCAAAUUUCGCAAUUUAAUAGAGAGUUAAGAACAAUUAAUGCGUGUGUGAUAACGAACCGUUUAAUUAUAUAAGAUAUCGAUUUUGUCUUAUGAUUUAUGCGAUCGGCGUUCUGUCUUAUUAAUUAAGGAUCAACAAAGGGUAGAGCGUACGUUUCUUCUUUUUUUGCAACGAGCAAUGAAUUUCGAAGGAAACAUAUCUAUCAAACAAGCGAUACGUAGAUAACUAUUUUUUCAUUGCCAUUAGUAUAUACAGCAGAAUGAAGUAAAAAAAAGAGUAAGAGAAAAAAGAAAAAAGAAAAAAAGGGAAAAGAGCGAUUGAAACGACGCUAGAUACGCCGCUACAGAACAUUCGUUUAUUAUCGAACGACAUCCCAUUUUCGCUGAGAUUUCCUUCUACAGUGAGAGACGUUUGCCUUAAUUUGUAAAAUGUCCGCUUCCUUUACAUAUAUGAACAUAAAUCUUAGAAGGAGUUAGCAAAAACGAAUAGUUUCGAUGAUGGAUAAAUAUGAAUACGUUUCUAGGCGAGCAAGCAGUUAUUUUCGAACGUGAGGUAAUUUGUAAUAGAUGAAAGGGGAAAAGGGCGAUGGAAAUAUUUUUGGGAGAAACAAAGAUUUGAAUUCUCCUCUGUUCUUGGCGAAUUCAUUUCGUUUCGCGUAUAGAACGCGGCAGAACAGUAAGGAUAUUGUCAUUGCUAAAAUUAUAGUUUCUUAUCAUUUCGAAAUGCAAAGUUAGUUUCCUCCUUAUCUGGCGCUUCAUUAAUCAGUAUGAUCAAUGUCUCAAGACAUUGUAUUUCUCCCUAAAAUAUUGCUCCCAUGGUAGUACUUAAUGUGAAGCGAAUCUGGGUAAGGUGCAACAAGGAAAAUAUCAUUCACAUAUUAAUUAGAGAUAUCAUUAAAAUUGAAAAUAAAACCAAAGAUAAUUAUCCUGAUUUUGCAAUAAUUUAAACGUAAAUGCAUCGUACAUUUCGCGUUUCUCAAUAAUUUUUAACUGCUUCAAUUUAUCAUAAAUUCAUCGAAAUUACAAAUCUCACUCAAGAUAAUAAGAAUUAUAAAAUUAUGUAUAUGAUUUAUACGGUAGGAGUCUAUCAUACUUUAUUUGCACAGAACAAUUGUAAUAAUAAAGAAGAACAGAUUUCUUGUUGCAUAUUGGUAUCCAGUUUAAUAUUAAGUCAUUCAACGCACACACUUAGCUGUAAGAAUUUUUAUAAUGGUGCUCUAUGAGAUCGUCUCUGCCGUCGAAUGCUGAUAUCAUCACACGAUUUGUCUCUUUUAAAUAUCAAAACUUUUCUUUUUGUCGCUUAUUAAAGCUAGAAGAAGGAAUCGAAAAUAUAUUGCGUGUAUUUAUAUCUUUGGCUUAUUCCACAGAACACCACGGCACACGCUGAGUACUUUUUAUUGUAAAUAUUAGGAUACGUAAAGGAAGGAUACAAAAAAGUGAUAAAAAAAAAACAGGGAUAGGAUGAGUUCAACGCGCAAUGAUAAUUUUUUUGUUAGUCGUAGAGGACGUUCGACGACCGUAAAAAGAUGAUUAUUAUUGUUACUAUCCUUAUUAUAUAUAAGUAGCCGUGUUUAAUGACCAAUUGGGAUGUCAUGACAAAAUUGUUAGGACGAAUUUUAAUUGAAGUUACUAAGGUGGGCAGUUUUUAAUCCGUGUCUGAUAAAAAAAAAGAGCAGUUGCUAUCGAGAAUGAUUUAAAAAAAUUUCGUACAAAUUUCAUGUUUAAUUACGAUUGUCUUCUGUAUUUCUAAUUUCCACUCGAUAUUUCACACAUAUUUUAGUUGAAGUAAAAAUUGAUUCGAUAACAUUGUAUUCUGAUUUUAUGGAUUACGAGACUCUGUUAAAGUUAUUUGAUCGCGCAUUCAUAUAAUCCGUGGCCAAUUUUUUAGCCGCGGAAUUCACUAUCAGAUACGAAUUAACGAGGCGCUAUAUGUUACACAGGAAUUUAAGAAAAACGGCUUAAUGCAAAGAAAAUUUUGUAACGACACGAAAUACACUAUCGUAUUGCCGAUUAGUACACGUAAUCGAGAAAGUUUUAUCGAUAAGCUUAAAACUAGAAAUAUCACAAUAACGUUUACGGAAUAAUGAUAAAACGUUCACGAUGGCGUAACUUUUCAUCGUUAUGUCCGUGAUAAGCCCAUUCAGCGUUGUCUCCAUAAUUCAACAUUGCUAUAUAUCAUUUUGCAAUCACAAAUUUCAAAGCACAUGGUAAAAAGAAUUCCAAAGUUACGUAAAUUUUUCGUUACUAUUAAUGAGUUGCUCCUCCAUCUAAAUAAUAUAGUUGAACGCAAAUGAUUAAUAAAAAUGGCUCUCAAGAACCAACUGGGAUAAAGCAAACUUUUCGUAUGAAAAGUUUAGUCUGUUUUAUCACUGCCAGAGAGUAUUUGAAAAAUAACGUAGACUUCCUAAAGAAAAAGUAUGAUUAAGAACAUAAACAUAGAUCGAUCAGUUUCAUCACUUUCGAAUAAAGGAAUCUUGAUCGAAUUGAUAUACUAGUUUGUUUAAUGUAUGCAUGCUUGUAACGAGGCUCUGAUUUCUUUAAAAAAAAAAUAAAAGAAGAAAUAGAAUUUUAUUGCACAAAUUAUUCUGGCAUAAUAUAUUAAUAAAGAAGCAGGAAUAAAAGGAAGAAAGUAAAAUUAACCAGAUAUCGAUGUUCCCUUUCGCCAUCGUAAACGUAUUAAAACUUCUACUAAUGGCUAUUACACAUUACAAAUAUUUUAUCUGGAAUAUUAUUACCUUGUCGCUUGAAAGUUGUGUUAAUCUGUAUAUUUUGUAAGCAAAGAUUAUCGAUAGCAAUUAAUAAAGAUACUAUUACGACAGAAAAUAUGGUUCUAAUUGUCAUAAAAUAAAGAAACAAUUUAAAAAUACAUAAUAUGUUUAAAAUUUAAA